GGGGCUGCCGGGAGCGGCCGCGGGGCCUCAUGGGCCUUGUGCGCGGCGUCUCCAUGGCGACGGCGGCGGUUGGGGCCCGAGAGCGGCUACCGGCACCUCAGGGGCUGCUGUCGGCAGUUGGGCUGGGGUGAUUCUGCUCGGCUCCGUCCUGUCCCGUCCCUCACGGUUGACAUCUCCUGUGUGCCUGCGAGGUACUGCGGGCCAGCCAGGAGAGGCCCCGUGCGCCGAGGUCCGGGUCAGAAGUCUCGGCCCAGCGUGGGUCUCGGGUCAGGUAAAAGGAGUUGCAGGUUUAACGGGCAACGGAGCAGCACGAGUCCUGAAUAGAGAGCUCUCGGGCUAUAUAACAGCAAAAAGAGCAGGGUUAAACGCAAGAGCAGCCUCAACCCUUGUGGGGAGCUCAGAACUCCCCUGGGGGUGUCCCCUGGGCCCUAGCGGGGCGGGGGCGAGCGGUACCCCCGGGACAGGCCGAGCCCGGGAGGAGCCACAUCGCUUCAUCUUCAGCGGCCCGGCUGCGGAACGGGAUAAGUGACUUGCUGCAGCUUUGGGAGAGCUUCUCGGCCGCGGCCCUCUCUGCUCUGAGAUCUGCUGCGGGCAGGAUUUAGGGUUCUACUCAAGUCUUCAUAUAUUUUUCCUGGAAAUCAAAUACUGGUUUGGCUGAUGUCUAAAUCACUUAUCUUAAAAUGCAACCAGAAAACGGUGUCUCCAACAAAGGCCUUGGACAGGAGGUCACAGUGCAAGAGGUGUCAGGAGAGGCUGUGAAUGACACCAGUGCCAAAGCUGCCCAAAGAGAAAAUGAAGGCAGUUGUGGCAGCACAGAUGUUAAAGCUCAAGAGGAAGCCAUGCCUGGCACAGAUAAACAGAAUGAACAAAAAUCCUAUGGUGAUCACAAAUCAGUAACCAGCUUGGUCAACCAAAGCACAGAAGAAAAAAGGGGCUGUGUCAGAAUGACAAAAAAGAUUCUGCGAGACAUCUGUAAAGAGCAGAAGUUAUACUGGACCCCAUACUUAAAUGAUACUCUUUACUUGCAUUACAAAGGAUUUGACCGCCUGGAGAACCUUGAAGAGUACACUGGGUUGAAGUGUUUAUGGCUGGAAGGCAACUGCUUAUCAAAAAUUGAGAACUUGGAGGCUCUGACAGAGCUUCGUUGCCUCUACUUGCAAAUCAAUUUAAUUAGCAAAAUAGAGAACCUUGAACCCUUAAAGAAACUGGAUUCCCUCAACAUCAGUAACAACUAUGUUAAGACCAUUGAGAAGCUCUCAUGCCUGAAAGUCCUGCAGACUCUGCAGAUAGCUCACAACAAGUUACAGACAGUGGAAGACAUACAGCACUUGCAAGAAUGCCCAAGUAUUUCUGUCCUUGAUCUUUCCCACAACAAUCUCAGUGAUCCAAAUAUUAUAACUGUUCUGGAGACUAUGCCCAAUUUGCAUGUGCUGAAUUUGAUGGGAAAUGAAGUGAUAAGGAAAAUUGCUAAUUAUAGGAAAACACUUAUUGUUCGACUAAAACAACUCACAUAUCUGGAUGACAGACCAGUUUUUCCAAAGGAUAGAGCCUGUGCAGAAGCCUGGGCUGUUGGAGGGAGUGAAGCUGAGAAGGCAGAAAGGGAAAAAUGGGAAACCAAAGAGAGGAAAAAAAUCCAAGAUAGCAUCAAUGCUUUAGCAGCAAUCAGGCGAAAAGCAGAGGAAAAUAAAAGACAAAAGUAUGUGGAAGAAAGUGGUGCAAGUGCAACAGGUGGAACUGGAGAUACAACAGAUAUCCUAGAAGGAGCACCUGCAAAUUCGGAUGUGAGGAAUGGAAAUUCUAAUACAUCAGAUACUUUUAUGUCAGAAAAGAGAGAAACUCAGGAGAAGACUGAGAAAUUUACAAACAAAAGCUUUUAUGCCUGUGAUGAAGUGAUAACACUUUUACCAAACAGGGGAAAUAGCACAGAUUUCCCACCAGGAAACAUCCCUGCUAGAAGACAAGUGGAUGCACAAGAAUUAGAUGCUUUCAAUCACUCAAGCUUCAAUGAGCAGAUAGAGGAUCUACCAAGAGAGAAGGAAGCUAUGGAAAAGACCAAGCUUCCUGAACUGGAUGGAUCUGCUGAAAAGGAACAGAUCAAACUGGAGACACUGAAGAAACUUGAUCUUGAUGAACUGCCUGAUUUAGAAGAUGUAAAUGCAUUUUCCCCAGAAGAGGAAAUACUCAUUCAAAAGGAGGAAUAUCACCCAAAGAUUGAAAUAAUUUCUGAAAUGACAAGUGACAGCAAUUCUGCUUUAGAGGAAAACAAUAAAGAAACAUUUGAGAAUUAAGCAGAACUUCCAAGAGCAAUUUUUUCGAAUGCAUGUAAGAUACAUAAAGAGCAUGAAAAGGAGACCGUAAGACCACUUGUUGAAAGCUUCUU